UGUAGCAAUGGACAUCUGGACAGCCUCUGAAUUAACAGCUCGUUGUCAGUAAAGGAGUGCGUAUCAUUAUUGUGCGGUGUAUUUUGGAAAUGCUGACUAUAUCUGCGAUAAACACCGCCGUAUAAUGCCUGAGUAAAGUACCGGAACAUGCGUUGCUGCUGUGCCUUACCAGUUUGGGAAUCAUGAUGGACCAUCGGAAAGCCUUAACCUUCUCAUUUAGGAUUGAUCGGGACAAGUUGGUGGCUAAUCCAUUCAGAAUCCCCAUGACAUUUCCCUCCUCAGAGUGUGCAAGGUUAGAAAGGUACAAAGCUUGUAGCAUGUGAAGAAAGGUUUUUUGGGUGUCCUGGGCUGCCAUUCCCGGUUGCAAGUUGAAGCAGUCGGACUUAAAGCUUAAAAGGGGAUCCAAGUUGUAUGAUCACAACCAUGCAGCACUGGUGAAAUGGGGAAUGGCCAGAGGGCAGCCUCGUCUGGUUCUGACAGAUGUGCUAAAGACAGACCUCGGCAAAGUGUACUUGAGCACUCAAAGGGGUCACGCUUGUGGCAGAAAAGCCCAAACAACAAGCGGGAUGAGCACGUGCAAGAACCAGUCCGACAGCUGUCAAGGCCAGAGGCCAACCAAGAACGAUGGGAGUAAGACACCAACGGCCACAUGUGACCAGAAGAGCACACCUACACCCCUUAAAAGGCCCAGGGGUAGACCCAGGAAGAAGUUGCUUCAUUUUGACAACAAGGAAGGAAACAAAGGUAUUGCAGAGGGGGUGGUCGGCAAUGGAAAUGGAGAGGACUACAGAGUAGUAGAUUGCGGCUUGUCCCUGAGUUGGAAUCCGGCUCGGGAUGCCGGAGAUGAGUUUUCUCCGACUCCGGUCAAGGACAUCAGGACCGAAGAGAGGACUAAAGUUCAACAUUUUCAGAGGAAAAGAAGGGGCGCGUGGGUCAACGGUACAAGCACUCCCAAACGCCAUCGUGAAAGCGUGCUGCGCCUCACAGGGGAAGAUGGAAGAAAUGGAGGUCUGCCCCAGUCGCAUGUAUGUCCCAAUGAAGACGGGGAAGAUUCCGACAACACGGAAGCUAGCAUUGUGCAGUUCACUGUGGGGGCUGUGGACGGGACGCCGUGUCUUCUCCCAGUCAUCCGUCCGAAUUUGGAUAACAGAAGCCGAGGUUGCAGGCGGUUAUCUUCACAAGAUAGCACGUCUCAGUCCAGCCAGGGGGAACCGAUUGUGUUGUCCAGUGAUGACGAGGAGAGCACCGAGGUGGAAGAAGCAGGAGGAAGAGCGCGGUCGUCAUCACAAGAAGCUGUAUCCAAAGAGCGAGACGAUUCUAAUUUAGAGAAUUUAGAGGUGUUACCUGUGGUUGUGGACGGGCCUCCUCCCAUGCCCAGAAUAGACACCUCUUUCCUGGGUGUGGCCUUCUGCUCCAUGUUCUGCGGAGGUUACCAAGGGAGGGCAAAUGGAAACCUCAUGAUAGCAAAUAAAAAAAUCAUCAUACCAUUAAAAGAUGAAAACCACCAAUCUGAGGUGACCGUGACUUUGGAGCGCAAGGAGAUGCGGAGGUACAGCAUUUGGGAGUCAGAGGAGCUGGCGGCCCGGGGUCUCUCCUGGGGGAGCAACGUUGGCACUGUGCUAUUGUUUUGUGUGACACAAAACGCAGCUGCGGCGGUGCAGAGGGAACUUCUCCACCUGUGUGGCAAACAGGAUGAAGAGUUGAGCACUGAUAAAGUGAGCCCCUUCAUUCUAUUGAGUCUAAAGGACCCCGUUAUGGGCGUGGAGGGACUUUUAUUGCGCUCUCUCCUGGAAAUAGACUGUCUCAACUGUCUGGCAACCGUCGACACCUCCGUUGAUGCCCUAGACCUGAAGGACUACAUAAAUCCAAGUCUGUCACUGGACGAAUGUUUGGAGCUGAUCAAAAGAAGCAGUCGAGACCCAGACAUGUUGCGGCAGCUUGGCGUGGACGCUACAGAAUCCACAUCUAACACAGACAGACAAAGUCCACGUUUGGAUUUGGACGCAAGCAGCAAACUCCAGCUGGAGAUCGAUACACUGACCGAGACGGCACCAGAUGCAGAAGACACAACACCAGAUGAAGAAUCUGUGCUGGAGCUGAACGCCUCGGACUUGCAGUCACGCAAGGAGCUGGAGAUGCCUUCUAUGGAGGAGCAGGAGGUGGACACCAGGAUGCAGCACGGGCCAGAGGAGGAGCAUACACAACAUGGUGCGCUAGAGGAGGAGCAUACACAACAUGGUGCGCUAGCGGAGGAGCAUACACAACAUGGUGCGCAACAGCCCAACAAGGAGGACAACGAGGAAGUCACUCCUCUGUACACACUGUGCCAGCGGAGAACCAAAGGAUCAUACACGGUCACCAUGUGUAAACCAGACUCCUCUUGGGUUAAAUACAAACAUCAGGGUCUAGGAAAAAGGUUGGUCCUGUUCCCUCCACCCCCGACGAAAGGUGGCAUCACAGUGACCAUGGAGGACCUGCAGUGUCUGGACAGUCGGCAGUACCUCAAUGAUGUCAUCAUCGACUUCUACCUCAAAUACCUCCUCCACAAAUCGCCGCAGGCCAUCGCAGAGCGCUCACACGUUUUCAGCAGCUUCUUUUACAAGCAACUCACGCGUAGAGACAACGCCAGUGAGGGCGGCGCCGCUGAAUCCUGUCAGAGGCAGAAGCGGCACCAGCGAGUGAAGACAUGGACACGGCACGUGGACAUCUUCAAAAAGGAUUUUGUGUUUGUUCCUGUCAAUCAGGAGGCUCACUGGUAUUUGGUGGUCAUAUGCUUUCCUGGACUGGAGGAGCCCACAGUAGAGGCCAGGACUGGAAGUAGCCACAAUGGGACGAGCGAGCCACCUGAGCAAGAGGAGGCGGGAGGGUCACAAAGAAGCUCGACGGACGCCACAGUGACGCCAUCAGUGUUGAUCCGAAGCGACAUCGUGGACACAGGACAAGAUUCCACCAAUGUCAUUCCGAGUCAAGUGAAUUGCACAGAGAAGACCUGCCAUAGGAAGAUGGUUUGUAAAAGGCCGUGUAUUCUCAUCAUGGACUCUCUCAAGCUGUCUCUUCAUGAGCGUAUCUUUAAAGUUUUACGAGAAUAUUUGCAGUCCGAAUGGGAGGUCCGUCGCGGGUCGUCACGGGACUUUGGGCCAGACCAGAUGAAAAGCUCACAUUGUCAAGUUCCUCUGCAGGACAACAGCAGCGACUGUGGUCUCUACUUGCUGCAGUAUGUGGAGAGUUUUCUAAAGGACCCUGUGGUGCACUUUGACCUGCCAUUACACCUGCAGCACUGGUUCCCACGUCAUCAGGUGCGCAGCAAACGAGAAGAAAUCCGCAAUCUAGUGCUGCGACUGUACAGCCAGCAGAACCUGAGCAAGAAGUAAGAGUAAGAAUCAUAGCACAGGGGGAAUCCUCGCUCAUACUGAGCGACGCAUUUCAGCACCAACUCCACCCAACUGAACUAUGGACUCGUCUCCUUGAACUGUGGACUCAUCUUCAUGAGCAAUGGAGCCUGUCGGUCCUUUUAUAGGAUGUUUUACUGUUAUUUUUGAUAGAUAUUUAAUUUCUACAUGCAAGCACCACAUCAAAUUAAAGUGUGUUCAAAGUGUAACAUGCUCCUAAUGUAGUUUGUUUAACAUAAAGCUGUUUUUAAUCUGGAA